UUGUAACAACAUUGACUGGUUGCUGAAAACUUGUGUCCAGGAUCAGAAUAUGACUGGUAUGGAAAGAUUGAUACUGUUGGUUCUAUUUCCCCUGUUAGUGACUAGUUCUGAAAAUGUUCUGCAGCAGAUGACGACCACGGAAACAUGUGAUAUGUCGAGACUGUACGUAAUUGAGCGUAGACUAAGCGAUUUGGUCACUGAAAUGGAAGCCAUGCAACAAGAAAUAACUCGGGCUAUUGACUGUUGCUCAGAAUCAGGUGGUUUAUCCGAUCACGUGAUUGCCCAUUAUACAUUGGAUGAGCACACUCAGGAUGUAUCAAUCAACCGUCGUCAUGGAAACGCCAUAGGUGAUGUCACUUUUGUACCUGGAGUUGAGGGAAAAGCCGCUAGUUUUCAUGGCAACGGCAAAAUUGAAGUCACAUACUUUCGUAAUUAUGAUUGGGGUUCUCAGUUUUCUGUUAGUGUCUGGUUUAAGAGAACAGGACAAUGGGGAAACUACCAAGGAAUCUUAUCAAAUGGUUAUUAUAAUCACGGAAGUUUUGAAAUUCGAAUGGGAAGAGAAUACUCUGGUCAAAUGCUCGGUGGAGGUGUUAAUACGGCAGACAGUAGAGAAACCUGGAACUACAUAAAUGUAUUGGCUGAACAAAAUGUAUGGCAUCACGUGGUCAUGUCUUAUGAUGGGCAGAGUUUAAAGUAUUACCUUGACAACAAGAUACAAAAUGGUAACGAGAACUGCUGCCAUGGAAACAUGAUUGUAAAAGAUACCCCUCUUACAAUUGGACAAGCUGGCGUUGGAAAAACAAAUGAGUUUUUCUAUGGCCUUAUUGACGAAGUUGUAAUUUAUGAUAAACCUCUUUCGGCCGAUGAGGUCGCUUCCAUAUAUGACAAAUAUGCACCCAAUGAAUGCAAUGACCCUUCGUUGAUUGCUUAUUUACCAUUUGAUAACAAUUAUAAUGACGCAAGUUGUUAUGGGAGACCAGGCGUGGCCACUGGUGGCGUCAGUUUGAGUAGUGCCGAUAGCGUUUCUGGUAAAUCGGCCUAUUUCACUGGAAAUGGCAAAAUUGAUAUUGAUCUGUUUCGUGGGUAUCCAUGGGGUUCUAAAUUCACUGUCAGUGUAUGGUUUAAACGUACCAGUCAUGCAAACUACCAGGGCAUUAUAUCAAACGGUUAUUACACCUCGGGUAGUUGGGAAAUUAGAAUGGGUAGGGAGAAUGGUGGUCAAAUGCUGGGAGGAGGGGUGGUUACUAAUAAUAGUCCCAACACGUGGGAUUACGUUAACUUGGUUGCCACGCUGUCCCAGUGGCAUCACGUUGCCAUGGUGUAUGACGGAUCUCAUUUACACUAUUAUCUGGACAAUGUGAAACAAACCGGUGGGCAAUCUUGUUGCCAAGGUAAUAUUGUUACAAGAGAUACACCCUUAACUAUUGGCAAAGCAGGCGUUGGGAAGGCAGAUGAGUAUUUCUAUGGUUACAUAGAUGAAGUCAAAAUAUUUCGUCGAGCUUUAAACGAGGAUGAAAUAGAUGAACUCUUUAAUGAAAUGUGAAUCAUAGAAUGUUCAUAUACCAUUGCAUCAUUAUAUUAUAUCAUCUGUAAUUGUUUGAAUCAGUAUAUCAGAGGUACAUUACUUGGGGUUUGUAACUACGGUUACAUGAUACCAAGAUCCCGUUUCAAUCUCGCUCUCGCAUAAGCGUUCCAACUCAGAAAAAUGCGAAUGCGCAUGCCCGAGGUAACUCGGAUACUGGGAUGUCCAGGUGGAUCAAAAUAGCUGCCCACGAUAUGACGGAUUACGAGAACUACAUUUUAUGUACAUUUUCGAUGUAUUACAUUUUUCACUAUGAUAGUGGCAAGAAAAGUUUUAUUUUUUUCAUUACAAACCUUGAACAUUGAUAUAUAUCAUGUCAGAAGGUCGUAGCCUCAGUCUCGCUAUCUACGAGAAGAGACUUGAAUGGGAUCUUGACAUGAUGUCACCAUACAGUACUAUGCGAGUUGCAAACCCCAAGUAAUGUACCUCUGGUAUAUGUAAUGGUGAAUUAUCAAUACAAUUCUUUCUUUCAUAGCAUAUUGUGUGGUGCGUUUAUUUUGCUGUAUUUAUUUAUGAAUUUGUUUUGUCAUUUUGGAAGACAACAGUUACUCGAUCGUGCUUGGCGGAAUACGAUUUCGACGAAUUUUCCACGAAUUCUCGACAACCUCGAAAAUCACGAUGGUCCCUGUGAAACAUUCCAAGUCGGGAAUUCUAGCCAAAGUGACAUGUUCACAUAAAUAAUCCAAAAUCUUUUUCUUCGACGUACAUUGUUAUUGCUUUAUUGUUUAUAUUAUUACUUUUAUUAUAACUCUGCUCUGCUCUUUUUAUUCAUUCAUUUCAUUAAAUUCUGUUCUACAUAU